AUCAAUCACGACGUGAAAAGGGGGAAAAAAGAAAAGGUGGGAAAGAGAGGAGAGGUUGAGGGUGCACAAAGACACACUAUCUCUCUCUCUCCCUCUCUCUUCGGGAAAAUAAAAUAUUCGCGCGCGUGGAGGAUUCGACGGCGGCUCGUCAUCGGUUGACGGGGAGUAACAUGCCAGUGAAGUGCGUCGUCGAUCGGGAGGAUUGUCGUCACGAGACACCGAGAGUAUCGCUAUCGAUAUCCGCGCAGGCGAUCGCGUCGAUAGCCGCGUCGCAUCGCUGCUCCCGAAGGUAGGAGGAAACAACGAGUCGAUGACGCCGAUGACGCUACGCGCCGCCGAAUCGUGCGAACGCAAAAUAUAACCUCUCCCAGGAAGGAUGCCCCAGCUCUCGUCCCUGCAAACCGUGGCACCGCUUUUCUCCGGAGAAACCUGAUCACGUCGUCCGCGCUCCUCUUCGCGUGCGUGAGUGUGCGAGUGCGCGUAUCCAGGCACGUCCGACCUCGUUUCCGCAAUCAUUAUCGAAGCCGCUCAUCAUGAAAGUGAUCGUGAAGAAGCUGCAGGGAAAAGAAUGCGUCGUUGAUAUAUUGCCAUCGGAGACAGUGUUGGAGUUGAAACACAAAGUGAGCGAUCUCUUGGGCAUUGAUGUACCGCAACAAAGAUUAUUGCUCACUGGCAAGACAUUAGCGGAUGAGAAUCCUCUAAGUUUCUAUCCAGGAAUCAAAGAUGGCAGUAAAUUAAAUCUCUUGGUAAUUAAGAAAGCGGAAGAGGGCUCCAGCGAAGCCAAAUCUUCGCCACAGCAGAAGUCGGGCGUUCAUUUGUUGAGAGAUGAAAUUUCCCGGGUGCUCAGGCAUUACUACACAGUAUCUGAGACAGAGUCCAUAGUCAAUGAGUUGAUAAAGGACUUGAAAAACAAAGUGAAUAGCCUUAGUUACGAUGAUUUAGAGAGACUAGCCAUUGCGUUACUCCAGGACCAAGAGAACGUAGCUUAAGACUAACUCAAGAUUUUUCAAUUCUGCUUACCGAUUAAUUAUUGUAUGAGUUUAUUUAAU